AUGGCUAGCCCUAAUGUUCUUACCUUUGAUGCUGAGGGGCGUGUGGUUGACUUUGACGUGUGGGUUGACGACCUACAGCUCUUUCUUCAGUGUGACUCUAAGGACGGAGUAUCCCUUUUCGAUCACACGUCCGGUGUCUCUCCUGCACCUGCUGCCACUGCUGACAGUACGGUUCGCUCGCAGUGGACCACUCGGGACGCUGUUGCUCGCCUUGCUGUUCGUAGUCACCUGUCGUCUACUGAGCGCGCGCACUUUGGCCAGUACAAGACUGCUCAGUCUUUGUAUGACGCUGUCGUAACGCGCUACUCCUCCCCUACCACUGCUGCCCUCAGCCGCCUCAUGCUGCCGUACCUGUUCCCUGACCUUGCCGCCUUUGCCACAGUCGCUGACCUCAUUACUCACCUCCGCACUAGUGACGCCCGCUACCGCGCUGCGCUUCCCACUGAGUUCUUCAGGGACCACUUUCUCUCCCUUUGCCCCACCGAGCUCACCGUCGACCUGCUAGAGGAGCGCCUCACUGCAGCUGAGAAGAGUAUCGUUACUGUAGGUGCUUCUUGCGACGACCCUCGUGCCCCUUUCUUUGAGGGGUGUUCCUCUGUCCCCCUUCUCCCCUCUGUUGCUUCUGCUGCUGCUGUCGACCUCGUUGGCACUGAGGAGGUCGGGGCUGCGUCUGCUCCUAGUGGGAGGCGCCGCAACAGCAAGGGCAAGGGGGGCAAGGGUGGUGGAGGGGACGGUGGGGGCAGCGGUGGAGGCGGUGGAGGAGGCGGAGGGGGUGGCGGUGGAGGUGGGGGUGGUGGCGGGAGUGGGGGCGUCGGUGGCGGCGGUGGGGGUGGUGGAGGCAGCGGCAGCGGCGGUGGAGGCAGCGGCAGCGGAGGUGGAGGUGGCGGCGGCAGCGGUGCUGGUCGAGGUGGAGCAGCGCAGCGUGGAGGCUUUGGUGGUAGCCAGCGCCAGCAGCAGCCGCGUUCCCGUGAGACCCCGUCGGCCCAGCAGCUUCGUGAGUGUGCUGAGGGUGACUGUUACCUGUGUGUUCCGCCCGACCCGGGCAUUGAGGCUGCUGCUCUAGGUGCUAGUGAGUCUGCUGCUCCAGGUGCUUCGCGCUCUUUCUUUCGCGACAGCACCACACUCACGCCGCUCAGUCGGCCUGUUGCAGUCUCCCUGGCUGACCCCUCUGGGGGCCCAGUCCUUGCGCACUCCUCCACGAUAUUACCGUGUCCUGCGGCCCCGUCGGGCUUGCUGUCGGGACUCCACCUCCCCUCGUUCUCUACGAACUUGGUGAGUGGAGCUGACCUCCAGGACGUGUGGGUUGACCAGUUCACCCCUGGAGGUCAGCGUGUGACCCACUGCACUUGCUCUUGGACGGGCCGCCACCUGGCCACGUUCACCCGUCGACCUGGGUCGAGUUUGUACACACUGACUACUGCGUCUCCUCCGGUUACUGCGUCUGGUCAGGUAGCCGCGUCUGGUCAGGUGUUUGCUGCCGCGUCCAGGUCUAGUCCGGCGUCUGCCCCCUGCUCAUGUCGUCCUCUGUCAUACGAGACUCUCCUUUGGCACCACCGCCUUGGUCACCCCUCCCUGCCUCGUCUUCGAGGUAUGGCCUCACGUACUCUUGUCUCUGGUCUUCCCCCUACCCUCCCUCCCCUUCCUCCGGGGCCUGCCCCUACCUGUGUUCCUUGUGUCGAGGGCAGGCAGCGCGCCGCUCCUCACUCCUCCGAGUUUCCUCCGACAAAGGCUCCCCUGCAGACUCUCCACAUGGACGUGUGGGGCCCAGCCCGCGUCCGUGGACAGGGUCACGAGCGUUACUUCCUGCUGGUCGUUGACGACUACUCGCGUUACACCACAGUCUUCCCCUUGCGCCGCAAGGGUGAGGUCACUGAGGUGUUGAUCGACUGA